AUGGGGAACGUCGAAGUGAUAACGAGAGAAGAUUUCUUUCAGAGCGACACAGCGAACAGUUCGAUAAGUUUUGGAAGUCUAGAGGACAUCGACGUGUCGGCAGACGGCAGUCCGCUCCUGCGCUGCUUUAUCUCUGUUACCUACGCGGUGGUGUGCGCCGCGGGUUUGGUGGGCAACUUGUUUGUGCUCGUGUUUAUCCGGGCGAGACAAGCACGCAGGAAAUCCGAGACCAAUGUCUUCGUGCUCCAUCUGGCCGUGACGGAUUUCCAGUUCGCGCUCACGCUGCCGUUCUGGGCUGCAGACGCCGCGCUGGACUUCAGCUGGCCGUUUGGCGACGUCAUGUGCAAGCUCGUGCUUUCGGCCACGGUGAUGAACAUGUACGCGGGUGUGUUCUUUCUCACUGCCAUGAGCGUCGCGCGCUACCGGUGCGUGGCAUCCGCGCUGAAGGAGCGCCGAGGCGCGCGCUCCUCUGUCAAGCUCGUAGCUGCCGUGUUGUGGUUGCUGGCCACAGCUGCCACCGCGCCUACGUCCAUUUUCUCCACGGUUAACGAGGUGGCCGGCGAAAAGCUCUGUCUCUUACGCUUUCCAAACGGUCAGCUCUGGUUAGCUGUGUACCACCUGCAGAAAAUCCUGCUCGCCUUUGUGAUACCCAUGGCCACCGUCUCCAUCAGCUACCUGCUGCUGCUGAGGCUCGUGCACCGCCGCAGCUUGAAGCCUAGAUCAAGCGUCACCCGCUCGGUCGCCGUGCUAGUGUUGUCCUUCUUCCUCUGCUGGAUGCCCAAUCACGCCGUGACACUGUGGGGAGUCCUGGUGAAGCUGAACGCCGCGCGCUGGAACAAGGCAUAUUACGCGGUGCACACCUACGUCUUCCCGCUCACCGUGUGUCUGGCUCACGCGAACAGCUGCUUAAACCCGGUUAUUUACUGCCUCAUGCGCAGAGAGUUCAGGCGGAAGCUACGACACUUUUUCCUCCGUGACUGAAGGCGCGCGCUCUCCAUGCGCUACUCGUGUGCGCAAACGUCUGUUUCUGUCUCGUAUCCUACACGUGGUCGUAGCUGUUGUUGCUGUCGGAGACGUAAAAGAAAACAUCAGCAAAUGAGAAAGGAAAACGUGCUUUCCACAAGCUGCGUCAGAAUCGUGAACACGUUCUUUUUUUUGUGCGUAAUGAUGUGUAAAAUGUUUAUUGUUCUGAAAACACACUGAAAGCAAGACAAUCUCUCUCCUAUCGUCUUUGUACAGUU